AUGGGAUAUCAGUUCAACUGGGCGUUGUUCGGCGUGUUGACGACUCAAGUCUACCUCUAUCAAACGUCAUCGUUCCAGGACGGCUGGGCACUCCACCUUGUCGUCUGGUUCUCUUAUCUGCUUGAAUGCUUCCAAAUCGCCAUGGCCACGCACGAUUCCUACAAGCAGCUCGCUGUUUCGUGGGGGCAACCGGCUCUCCUCCACAAUGGCUGGUUCGUGUGGCUGACCAUGCCUAUAUGCACCGCUAUCACGAGCCUGAUAGCGCAGUGCUUCUAUGCAUGGCGAAUAUACAUCCUCAGCGACUCGAGUGUCUUGACGGGAGCCAUUGUUCUGCUUUCGUUCAUGCAAUCAGGCGCUGGCUUGGCUAGCGGUAUCGAGUCCGCAUUGCUCGACGGCAAGGAUACGUCCAAUAUCACGACCAACACGUCCACGGUCGUCACCGUCUGGCUCACCGGCACGGCCGCGUGCGAUAUCCUCAUUUUCACGGCCAUGGCGUACUGCCUCUCGCGCAGCCGCACCGGGUUCAAAGGCACCGACAAGCUCUUGAACAAAAUCAUUCUCCUCGUGAUCGAAACCGGCCUGGCGACCGCCGUCGUCGCCGUCAUCGAGCUUGCGCUGUUUGUUGGCAUCCCGGACCGCCAUUACUACGUCGUACCCGCGCUCAUGCUCUCGAAGCUGUACACGAACUCGCUGCUCGUGAUCCUGAACAACCGUCCUCGGAGAAAGUGCGCGGACUGCUCGAAUGUGCACUCGAGCCAGUUCUCGCCGGGCACGUUUAGUCCCGGCGCGUUUGGGGUGCGGAGCACGAUGAUGGAUACGAUGGGUUCCAUACAGGUUAGCGUGGAUCGGGAGACGUAUGGGGAUCAGCUGGCGAUGAUAAGUUUGAAUGGGAAGGAAGACACGCACACUCGGGACAAGAUGUCGACGCGCGCGUCGACACGAUCGCGCCCCACCGAGGAUGAUGUGUAG